AAUUUUUUUGAAAAAAGAAAUUAAUUUUCUUUUUCCAUACCCCCAUGUUUUUCAAAAAUCAUGUAGAGACACUCAGACACCCAGUACACUUUCUGUUUAACUUCACACUCUCGUAUGAGAGUCUAUAUGAUUAUAAGAAGAAGAAGAAGAAGAAGAAGCUCCAACCUUCACUUUUCCUAUCACUAAAACCCAGAACUCACCUUCUACGACACUCUUCAAAAAUCGGCCAUUGUCGUUCUGUCAUUCUUCUCUUAUCAAGCUUUAUCUUCUUUAGCAGCUAGAAACCCAGAACCCAAUCCCCUGUUCCAGCAAACUUUAGACAGAGAUAGAAAAGACGCAAACUUUCUUGUUGCAUGGAGAGAAUAUACACGACGACGACAUCGACAGCGACGAGGAGGCCGAAAUGGCAAUACCCACAAGCAGCGCCAACUCCGAGAAUCCUCCAUUUACCGCGCAGGCCUCGGAGAAAGCAAACCAAGGCGCCGAGUCCCGCGAAACCCACGUCGCGGAGAGACCGAAUAGGGAGGCUGGAGGCUCUUUUUGAUCAGGAGAGAACGUUUGACAGAGGAGCUCCUUCUAUGCCGGUCGUGGUUUUGAGCUCGCGGGAGGAGAGGAGGAGAGACAGAGUGGCGGCGGCGGAGGAGGAGGAGGUGAGGGAGUGUGGGGUGACGGCUGUUGUGGAGGAGGAGAAAUGGAGGUUUCAGGCAGAGAUGUUGAGAGCAGAGUGUAAUAUGUUGAGGAUGGAGAAGGAGAUUGCUGUGAAAAAGAUGGAAAGGAGGAGAGUUCGGGUGGAGAGGAUAUUGCGAUCUGCUAUUCACAGUUUGCUAACUGGUAGAAAGAAAAUUUCUGAAGGGAAGAAUGUGAGUAUGAUUUGGGAGGAAGAAAUAAAUUAUUUACUGCAGAAACUAGAGAAGUUGCAAAGAAGGGCUGCAGAUAAGAACUUGCAAGUUAGAAAAUUUAGCAAUCUUGACAGACAAGCUUCUUUUCUUCAAAGAAGGUUAGAGAAAUUUGGGGGAAAAUCUGACGAGGCAUGCACAAAAGAGAUUCGAGAAAUGGCUGAAGCAAGUUUGUCAAUAAAAACAAGCUAUCAAUUUGAUGAGAGCUUCGAUUUCAACUCUGGCAGCAAUAUGGAGAUUCUGAGGAGAAAAAUCGAGGGAUUAUCGAAGGGGAUCCUGUUAGAAAUAAUGGAGGAGUAUAGUUCAAUGCUUUCUACAGCCAACAAUUCUGCUGUAUCUAGCUCAAAGCAAUCCGAGCUUCCAGAUAUGCCUAUUCGACAACCAAAUAAGGAAACGAUGAUCCACGAGGAGAAAGCCUGUUCAGGGCGCUGCAAGGCGAUAGUGAGGAGGAUUGUAGAACAAGUUAGGGCUGAGACAGAGCAGUGGUCUCAAAUGCAAGAGAUGCUAGGACAGGUGAGGGAUGAGAUGGAGGAAUUACAGGCUUCGCGAGAUUUUUGGGAAGAUCGAGCACUUGAUUCAGAUUGUCAGAUAAAAUCGCUUCGUUCUGCUGUGCAAGAAUGGAGACAGAAAGCCCUUUCUUCCGAGAUCAAGACAAACGAACUCCAAGCAGAACUAUCUGUGCUUCAUGGAGAGUACGAAAGGUUGAGGAAGGAUCCAAACUCAAUGGGAAGUGCCAAGAGCUCAUCUUUGAUGUCUGGAGAAACUCAGAGCGAGAAGGAGAAACGGGUAUUGAUUUGUCGGUUGAAGGAAAACCAUUGUGCUAAAAAUAAUGGCUACAAGAAGAAAGAGUCCAUUGAUGAAAUUGGAGGAAGAAAAGCUCAGGCAUGCACCAGUGGGCUCGUAGCUCCUUCCAAACGGUCACCACUCAAAGACAUUGAGAAUGUUUCAACGACAAUAAUGCAGAACAGCAAUGCGCUCUUCCCUCUGCAUUAUCGACAAGAAGUGUUGAGAGGUGGACAAGUUUUCCCGACAUUUGUCCCUUAUGCUGGUGGUCAUUAAUGUCGGAUUUCUUAGAGAAAUUGGCCGGAGGACGUGGAAAAACUAGUGAGAAUGCUGUUAGAUUGGCCAGUGGUUGGAAGAUUGUAGGCUUGGUUCAAUAAAAAUUCCUUUCAUGUUAUUACUUGCAA